CUCCUUGACGGUUGGCUUGCCGUUGGAAGUCUGCAGUUGUUGUGACACGUAGAAACAGUAGAGACUCUCUCUGUAUGCUACAUCUGUCGUUGCAAUGUUGUGCGGACAUUUAUUAUCUUUUUUUUUUAAAUUUCUGUUUCUCUGCUAAAAGUUUAUAUUGGGAACGGAGUUCUCUUCAAUGUAGAUGACCUUAAAGCAAGUAUGCAGACUAAAAGCCACAAAACUCCAAUUUCGUGGUUUUCAAAACUAUCAGUCUCUUCUUACUACACUCUCAGUGCAAUGGGUGCAUGUUUUGUAUUUGUCUCUCGUCCUUUGAACACUUAGUGCCUCAGUGGGGUCGGGUGGCCAUGGACCCCUUCAGCCAGCUGAUCCUGCUCAUCUCGGUGGUGAGUUUUUGCACCUUCCAGUGGCUCUUUCACAGUGUGAGCCCAUGGGCGUCAUCCAGAAUCAGCCCUGGCUUCCUCAAACUCAACCACAAACAGAAGAUCGAGUGGAACUCAAGGACUGUGUCCACGCUCCACGCCCUGUUGGUCGGCCUUUUCUGCCUCUACAUCCUGUUCUUCGAUGAGGCUGUCAAUCAGGACCCCGUAUGGGGAGAUCCUACUCUGGUGAAGAUAAACGUGAGCAUUACUACAGGCUACCUCAUAUCUGAUCUGCUGCUUAUAUUUUACUAUUGGAGAGCAAUAGGAGACAAGUUUUUUGUAAUCCACCACCUGGCAGCAUUGUAUGCUUACUACUAUGUACUGGGUCAAGGAAUGUUGCCUUAUUUUGCUAACUUCCGUCUGCUUGCAGAGUUUUCCACACCAUGUGUAAACCAACGCUGGUUCUUUGAAGUAUUAGGUUACCCCAAAGUCUCCAAGCCCAACAUGGCUAACGGGGUACUGAUGGCGUUCGUGUUUUUCCUGGUGCGGAUCGCCGUCAUGCCAGUAUACUACAGUCGAAUGUGCUCAGUGUACGGCACAGAGGCCUUCUACAAGGUCUCCUUCGGUGGCCGUAGCGCUUGGAUCUUCUCCAGCAUCUGCCUGGACAUCAUGAACGUCAUGUGGAUGCAUAAAAUCGCUCGCGGCUGCUACAAAGUCCUGCUUUCCAGCCGGAGAUCCAAACCCGAGAGCCAGGAGAACGGAAAAACCAAUUGAGCGAAAAGAAAGGGCAUUUAAAUUUUACACCAUUUGCUCACAGACAGGGUCAUUGUCUUAUUGACGGUCUUCAUGGGACACUAUGGUGCGAUAGUGACCGGUAAAGACUUUGAAAACCACCCCAGAGCAAUAUUUAACAGAGUUAAGAUGUAACUCUGACAAAAUGUCAAAUUGAGAGCUAGUACACCAGAACUAUCUAGUACCCCCACUUUUAUUUUGUGUUUGUUUUGAAACUGUACACCAAGAAGUGCAAACGAUGCACUGUUCGAGUUCACCUGCUGAACUGUGUUUUAACCAUGUUUGGUUUUAAUUUUAAACUGUGGGCAUGCAAACCACAUUAUUUAUUCAUCAUAGUUCAGUCCCUCGCUCUCAAUCACUGUACUUGGCCAAGGGGUCAGUCACCUGAUGUUCACGUUUACUUCAAAGCCGCUUAUAUUGACUGUGAAAGAUUCGUCCACACAACUGCACUGUACUAAACAAAGAAAAUCGUCAACAUGGAUCAGUGUACUCAACAAGAAUCUCUUGGAAAAUUGAUGUCACACAUUUGUGAUGUAUAUUUUAUCGAAUGCACCGAGAUCCAACUGUGGGUUAAAUAGGCAAAAUAUUUUAUAUAUAUACGAGAUAUGAGCAUUGAUGCAUUGUGAUCGCGUUAAUACAGAACUGUUUUUAAGAAUGAAACCCAGUUUACACUCGCUCCAGAUUCUGUUCAGAUUUCACUCUGUUCCAAUGAAACGGAUGUCACACUUUGUUCACACUGUACAGUUAACUGCAUGCGGCGAUGUUGUUCUCUGAAUGUUUGCAUUGUACAUAUAAAUUUUAUUGAACAUGCAGUAAUUAUUUUAAUUCCGUUGGUGUACAGUGUAUCCAAUCAAUACUGAACUUAAAUGAUCGAUUAUGAUUUGGGAAUGGUUUUAAAAGGAAAUUCAACAGAGUAGAGAAGAGUGUAGCUCGUGAAUGUUCGAAGACUUCUCAAUGUUGGAUCGUUUUCCUGCAUCGUUCCUAAUUUAUCGAACCAGUUUUGGGAUCGGACAGCAUGAUAAUGUUUGUACGGUAUAUUUAUUAUUUUUUUAACAGAAGGAUAUAAAAGUGGUCAGUGUAUCCGAGUAGAUAUACAGUAUAUGAGAAAAUUUACAAUACGGUGAUACUUUUAUGAAUUCAUUUUAAAAUUCAUUGUCAACUAUGUAUGACAAAUUUAGUGUAGAUACUCAUACUGUACACAUGGGGUGGCACAGAUGUGAGCACGAGUUUUGAUUUCAAAUGUAUGAAAGACAGUUUAGAUGGCUUACAGCGAUUUGUGUCUGUUUUUAAUGAACUAAAUACUUGAAUUUUGAAAUGUUAUUCUGAGAGCCAGACCUAUGAAGGAUUGUCUUUUACUGGCACGAGAUAUACAGGAAUCCAUGUUGCGAUUCUUUCUUUCUUUCUUUCUUUCUUUCUUUCUUUUUCUUUCUUUCUUUCUUUCUUUCUUUCUUUCUUUCUUUCUUUCUUUCUUUCUUUCUUUCUUUCUUUCUUUCUUUCUUUCUUUCUUUCUUUCUUUCUUUCUUUCUUUCUUUCUUUCUUUUGUAUUCAAUCACUCAAUGCCUUUUUUGUUUUGUUAAAUAAACAUUUUUUUUUUUUUAUUUACUUGUCCUUUUGUGCCAUUUAGUGUAAUUUUGUACCACAUGGUUCAUUGUAUGGUCAUUUAAAGAAUGUAUGACUAUCACUUCAAUUGUUUUGCUUUUUAGUUCUCACCAAUGUUACAACCAAAGGUCAAAAGUACGAAUCAUAACAUUAAUCAUACAUUUUAAGUAAAUGGUGGCACACACCAACAGUCUCAGUAUAAUUAUGAAAACCCCAGAAAACGCCCAUCUGGGUGAACAGACAUGAAUCAUAACACUGAACAAGAGUAUUCCGAAACAAGCAAAGGAAAAUAAGGGAUUUAAUUCAUUGUAAAUUAUCUUUCAGAACCUUGCUGGUCAUUUCAAGCACGAAUUAUUAAUCUGUGAACAGUUAAAUGUCAUUUAAGAUGUCUUUUUUUUUUUUUUUUGUCAGAAUAUUACAUUUUACUUUUACUACAAGUCCUUUCAAUAUAUAAAGAUCCAAACUUUUAGUGUUCAGCAUUGUUUAAUUUAUGGAAUGUGUAAAUGCACAAUAUGCGUUCCAUAUACAAACGUCACAGGAAACUGUUGCCAUGUAAAGUUUUACAUGUGUUACUUCGGUGACCACAGGGAUCUUGUUCCCAUAUACUGAAGGAAAGUGCAUGCACCUGAGGAAUGAACCUUUAUUCUUUCACGUGUCUUUCAUUUUUCACUUUCGUUAUGCCAUUUGCAUCAAUAAAGCAAUAUGUUCAUUUUGA